CGCAAAUAACAACAAGUGCUGAGACAACAAAUGGUUUCGCUUUCGGUUCUGCUGACAUGAGACCUAUGUGUCAAGUCAUGGAAGUUUAGCUGUCAGUGGACAAGUAUUCAAGUCGAUGGAUAACAAAGAGGAAACACGCACCUGCGGCCAGUGCCACAAGGAGGUUGCAAAGGCCAACUUUGCUCUACAUGAAACACACUGCAGCCGCUUCUUAUGUCUCUGUCCUGACUGUGAUGAACCAGUUCCCAGAGAGCAACUGACCCAACACAGAGAGGAACAGCACAUACAGGUGAGUUGCUCCAAGUGUAACCAGAAGAUGGAACGUUGUCACCUAGCGGACCAUGAGGCUGAUGAGUGUGUGGAGCGUCUGCAGAGCUGUCAGUUCUGCGAGCUGGAGCUGCCGUGGAAGGAGCUGGCUGAACAUUGUCUGGUCUGUGGUAGUCGCACUGAACUCUGCAGGGACUGCGGCCGCUAUGUCACCCUGAGGGACCAGCCCAAGCACGGCUUGACCUGCUCAGUUACUAACAAUGGCACAGAUCCUCCUCAAACUACCAGCAAACCACCACCAAACAAGACUAAUAUAUCAGUGACUUGUAGGAACUGUAUGGCAUCUUUUCCAGCUGAGGAUAUAGAGGAACACAAGCUGGAGUGUCUAGCAACCAGGUUGGAAGAUGAAGAGGCAGGGAGUGAGGAUGAUUUCUUCAGCCAGGGGGCCACUUCUUGGCCAAGACGGACCUAUAAGUCAACCUUUCUGUCAGACCUACCCAGCAAAGGUCCCCAGGGUGAUGGAGGUGACCCAGACCAGAUCAGCACCUGCCCCCACUGUCAUCUGGCCUUGCCCCUCCUCACACUACGUUGGCAUGCGGUGAAGUGCCAAAUCCACAUUCACUUGAAACAAAGAGGGAGCUCCUCGGAAUAGAUGAGCUGCUUCACAGCUUUGAUCAAUGUUUCAUUAAGGAUAAAAGACAAGUACUUGUGCCGUUUACUUUCGGUAGUUUAUAUUAUUUCUUAAUGUUUAAAUUUGGUUUUUAGUCACCUUUACUUUGUUAUUGUGCAUAAAGAGGAAGUGGUUCCGAAUAUAAUACUUUGAUUCUAAGUAAACUUGGCAUGUUGAUAACUUUGUGAUGUUCCUUUUGCCAAAUACAAACUAAACUAAGGCCAGCAGGGUCAACCUGUAUUUUAACCUAAUAGAAAAUAAUAUCACACUAUAGCUAUGACACAAAACUGCUUAU